AUCAGAGCUUUCGUCGAUGGUAUGAUAAGCCGGCAACGGGGUCAUAUUGUAGCCAUCGCGUCAGUAGGAUCAUUCAUACCACUCGGCCGAUUGGUUUGCUACUGUGCGAGCAAAUUUGGCGUUCACGGGCUGAUGGAGUCGUUUCAGGAUGAGUUGUGCGAAGACGGACUGCAAGACCAAAUAUUCACCACGUCCGUCUACCCAUUCUUCAUGAACACACGAAAGGAGUUGAUAAGCGGAUUGGCCAGAAUCAAUAUCGUCGGAAGAGUGCCCAUUUUCACUCCAAAACUAAUAGCACGUGAAACCGUCAAUGGAAUUCGGCGUAACAAGAAACAAGUUUUUGUGCCAGAUUACAUGGGUUUUCUGUUGAAGCGCUACGUGCAUUUACCGAGCGAGGUACGAAAGCUGGGUCAGACAAUCCUGUUUAAAACCAAAUUACCCAGGAUGAUGGAAUAAAUGCGAACUUUGCUAGCAAUGUGAUCCGAUGGAAUCAGAUUAAAUAGAUCGCGUUUGACACAUGUUCAGACAUUAAACGGGAACAUUUGUGAGUGGCUUCCAAUUGCUAUAUAUAUUGAUAUUCGAUAACGUGAAGCAUAUUGAGGAGGGUUAUUAACCCAAUUGAAUUAAAUUAUAUCAAAACGAAAAUGGCUUUACAUGAAAUAGAAAAUACUUGCAUUUUAUUAACUUUCAGAAUAUCUAAUCAAACUUCAAACACACGAGUAAAUCAAUGCAGUA